UCUUUCCCUGGAAUUGGAGCCCUACUCCUUCCCCCAAGCCCGAUCCGGCCAGACGUUAAACUCUGCGGGUGGUGGCAGUGCUUUCUCGAAAUAAUUUAUCUUUGGACGGAUUUGCUCGAAAGAAAUAGAAACCAACAGGUUGCCAGCCCGGACGCCGCACACCACUUAGAUCGGGAAGCGUCAGCUCGGCUCUCCUGCCUGAGUGAACUCCGCUUAAGGAGGCGUGGGGAAGGACUGGGCGAUGGCUCGGCCUGACCCGUCCGCACCGCCCCCGCUGCUGCUGCUGCUCCUGGCGCAGUUGGCGGGCCGGGCAGCGGCCGCCUCCAAGGCCCCGCUGUGCCAGGAGAUCACGGUGCCCAUGUGCCGCGGCAUAGGCUACAACUUGACGCACAUGCCCAACCAGUUCAACCACGACACGCAGGACGAGGCGGGUCUGGAGGUGCACCAGUUCUGGCCCUUGGUGGAGAUCCACUGCUCGCCGGACCUUCGCUUCUUCCUGUGCUCUAUGUACACGCCCAUCUGCUUGCCCGACUACCACAAGCCUCUGCCGCCCUGCCGCUCUGUGUGCGAGCGCGCCAAGGCCGGCUGUUCGCCUCUCAUGCGUCAGUACGGUUUCGCCUGGCCGGAACGCAUGAGCUGUGACCGCUUACCGGUGCUGGGCCGCGAUGCCGAGGUCCUGUGCAUGGAUUACAACCGCAGUGAGGCCACCACAGCGCCCCCCAAGCCCUUCCCAGUUAAGCCUACUCGCCCGGGCCCGCCAGGGGCGCCUGCCUCAGGGGGUGAAUGCGCCGCCGGGGGCCCGUCGUUGUGCAAAUGCCGUGAACCCUUCGUGCCUAUCCUGAAGGAGUCGCACCCGCUGUACAACAAAGUGCGGACUGGCCAGGUGCCCAACUGCGCAGUGCCUUGUUAUCAGCCGUCCUUCAGUCCUGACGAGCGCACGUUCGCCACCUUCUGGAUUGGUCUGUGGUCCGUGUUGUGCUUCAUCUCCACUUCCACCACGGUGGCCACCUUCCUUAUUGACAUGGAGCGCUUCCGCUACCCAGAGCGCCCUAUCAUCUUCCUGUCAGCCUGCUACCUGUGCGUGUCGCUGGGCUUUCUGGUACGCCUGGUCGUGGGCCAUGCCAGUGUCGCCUGCAGUCGCGAGCACAGCCACAUCCACUACGAGACAACGGGACCGGCCCUCUGCACCGUAGUCUUCCUGCUCGUCUACUUCUUCGGCAUGGCCAGCUCCAUCUGGUGGGUCAUCUUGUCACUUACCUGGUUCCUGGCAGCUGGCAUGAAGUGGGGUAAUGAGGCCAUCGCGGGCUAUGCACAGUACUUCCACCUGGCCGCGUGGCUCAUCCCUAGUGUCAAGUCCAUCACAGCACUGGCACUCAGUUCUGUGGACGGGGACCCAGUGGCCGGCAUCUGCUAUGUGGGCAACCAAAAUCUGAACUCUCUACGCGGCUUCGUUCUAGGUCCGCUGGUCCUGUACCUGCUCGUGGGCACGCUCUUCCUCCUGGCAGGCUUUGUAUCGCUCUUCCGCAUCCGUAGCGUCAUCAAGCAGGGCGGCACCAAGACGGACAAACUAGAGAAGCUCAUGAUCCGCAUCGGCAUCUUCACGCUGCUCUACACAGUGCCCGCCAGCAUCGUGGUGGCCUGCUACCUGUAUGAGCAGCACUACCGCGAGAGCUGGGAGGCAGCCCUCACCUGCGCGUGCCCAGCUCCCGAUGCUGGCCAGCCACGGGCCAAGCCCGAGUAUUGGGUGCUCAUGCUCAAGUACUUCAUGUGCCUGGUGGUAGGCAUCACGUCGGGCGUGUGGAUCUGGUCCGGCAAGACUGUGGAGUCUUGGCGGCGCUUCACCAGCCGAUGUUGCUGCCGGCCGCGCAGGGGCCAUAAGAGCGGCGGCGCCACGGCCGCGGGGGACUACGCCGAGGCGAGCGCGGCGCUCACGAGCAGGACUGGGCCACCAGGCCCCGCCGCCGCCUACCACAAGCAAGUGUCUCUGUCCCACGUGUAGGAGGAUGCGGCAGAAGGACUGGGGCGAGGGAGGGCAUUGUUUUGUUUGGUAGCUUUGCCAAGGUCACUUCCGUUUACUUUAAUGGUGCUGACGCCACCUCUUGGGGCAAAACUUAAGAGAGAGGGGGGCAGUUUCAAGGGUGUACCUGUCCAGGACUUCUCAAAGGGGCUCAGCUCACGUGUAUUCUGUUUUGUGUUCCUUAUCGCCUUCUUUAGGGGAAACUUGUGUUUAAUUUAUAUGUAUUUUGCCUAAUUUUUUUUUAAACUUUGUUGCAUUUUGGCAACACAAUUUACCUUUGCAUUGAGGGCUUUACAGUCCUGU